GCAGGAGGCGGCGGCGGCGGCCCCGGGCAGCGGCACCGCCCCGGCCCCGGCCCGCUCGCUCCGCGCCAUGCCCGGCUCCCUGUACCAGCCCGAGCCCGGGCAGCCGGCCCGCGGCCCGCCGCGCUGCCUCACCCUGCUCAGCCCGCCGCCGCCGCCCUCCGCCGGGCAGGACCCGCCGCCGGAGCCCGAGCCCGGCCGGGAGCGGGAGGGGCCGCCGGGGCCGGCGGCGCAGGGCGAAGCCGCCGCGCUGAGGUUCGCGCUGGACCAGCUGUCGCUGCUGGGGCUGGAGGGCGCGGAGGAGCCGGCGGGGGCCGCGGGGCCGGGCGGCCUAAGGGAGCGGGAGCGCGGCGGAUCAUCCCCGGGGCCGGCCCCGGCCCCCGCCCCGGGCGCCUUCGGCAGCCUGGCCCCGCCGCUGGGGCCGCCCGCGCUGCUCGGGGAGCCGCCGGCCAGCAGGAAGAAGAGCGUGAACAUGACCGAGUGCGUGCCCGUGCCCAGCUCCGAGCACGUCGCCGAGAUCGUGGGCCGGCAAGGCUGCAAAAUCAAAGCCCUGCGUGCCAAGACCAACACGUACAUCAAGACGCCGGUGAGGGGCGAGGAGCCCGUGUUCAUCGUCACCGGGAGGAAGGAGGACGUGGAGAUGGCGAAGCGGGAGAUCCUCUCGGCCGCCGAGCACUUCUCCAUGAUCCGGGCCACGCGCAACAAAGUGAACGGGCUGACGGGGGCCAUGCAGGGACCCCCCAACCUGCCGGGCCAGACCACCAUCCAGGUGAGGGUCCCGUACCGCGUGGUGGGGCUGGUGGUGGGGCCCAAGGGGGCCACCAUCAAGCGGAUCCAGCAGCAGACGCACACCUACAUCGUGACGCCGAGCCGGGACAAGGAGCCCGUGUUCGAGGUGACGGGCAUGCCCGAGAACGUGGACCGUGCGCGGGAGGAGAUCGAGGCGCACAUCACCAUGAGGACAGGCUCCUUCAUCGACGUCAACGCCGACAACGACUUCCACUCCAACGGCACCGACGUCUGCCUCGACCUGCAGGGCAGCGCGGGCGGCCCGUGGGCCAAGGCCCCCCACCCCGCCCACCCCGCCCACCGCUCCUCGGCCGCCCUGCGCAACGACAGCCUCAGCUCCCUGGGCAGCGCCUCCACCGAGUCCUACUACAGCGGGCGGGUGGCGGCCGCCAGCCCCACCAGCCCCUACAGCACCUUCAGCGAGCCCCCGGCCCCGCUGGGCUCCGAGGAGUGCGACUUCGGCUUUGACUUCUUGGCCCUCGACCUCACCACGCCCACCACCACCAUCUGGUCGCCCUUCGAGCGCUCGGGCAACCCCCUGCAGGCCUUCAGCAGCUGCUCCUCCAUCAACAGCUCGCAGAGACGCAACAGCGGCCCGGCCACGCCGCGCCACUCGCCCACCCUGCCCGAGGGCGGCGCGGGGCUGGAGCACCCCUGUGCCCGCCGCAUCCCCAGCGACCCCGCCGGCGCCCUGGCCUGGCUGCCCGCCCAGGGCUCGCUCUCCUCCUUCUCCAACAGCACCGGCUACUCCUCCUCUUCCUCGCUGCCCGGCAGCAUCUCGGCCGCCUCGGGCUCGCCCACCGACUCCAGCAGCUCCGACGGGCACCGCAAGAGCUCCCGGGAGUGCAUGGUGUGCCUGGAGAGCGAGGUGAUGGCCGCCCUGGUGCCCUGCGGCCACAACCUCUUCUGUAUGGAGUGUGCCCUGCGCAUCUGCGGCCGGGCACAGCCGCAGUGCCCCGCGUGCCACGCGCCCGCCACCCAAGCCAUCCACAUCUUCUCCUAGCCCGGGGGGCUGGCCGGGCAGCCCCCCCUCCCUCCUCCACCCCGACACGGCGUUUUAAGGACUGUAAACUGUUUAAAUCGAGCUUUUUAUUUAAUAACGGAUCCGAUGGGCGCACGGGGCGGGAGGGGGGAGAGGCUGCUGUGAGCUGGAGAGGCGGAGAGGGCACGGAGAGGGCACGGCGGGGCGGGGGGUGGCCAAAUCCGGGGGGUUGGGAGGGUGGGGGCGAAGGGGCCGAAGAUGAGGACGAGGAUGAGGAAGAGGGGGCGUGAAUUCCGCGAGGAGGAAACUCCGAUGUUUACAGAAUAGCUUUAACUCUUCACCUGGCUGUGGGGCUGGGGAGGGAGCCCGGCUGUUCUCCACCAGUCCUUCCCAAAUAUACCAGUAUUCCGUUUGCAAACUGAAAUAACCAGAAAGAAAAGGUCCGGUUGCACUUUUUAUUUUAGGACACGCAAGGGUUGUCUUUUAUUUUUUUAAAAUCAUUCUAUUAUUAUUAUAAUAAUUUUUUUUUUGUGGUUCUUUUUGUAUGUAGUUAUUUUUUUGGAUGAUUCUCAAUGGUUCUAUAAAUAUAUAUAUAUUUUUUUUUUUUGUAAUGCAGGUCUAUCUUGUAAUUUGCCAAUGUGAAAACUGCCCAAAAAUGUGUGAUGUGAGGUUGGGAGGUCGUGGGAUGGAGGGGGCACAGUUAACACACCAUGUCACAAAAACCAGACAGAUUUCUAUCUCCAUUUUAUUUUGUGGUUGGUUUGGGGGUUGGUUUUUUUGUUUUUGUUUUUGUUUUUGUUUUUCAUCUUUUUUUUUUUUAGUUUUAUUUUUUUAUUUUUUACCUCUUUAUGUAUAUGUAGGGAAUUUAUAGGAAAAUAUGUACUUUAUUGAAUAAAUUUUAAAAACUAAAAUAUAUUUUAUUUUAAAAAGAAAAUAACGGACCUUUAACCUUACAUGGCUAAAGUACUGAUUAUAUAUUUGCUGAGCUGACUUGACGGUUAUGAAAAUUGUAUCAAGAGUUUUAUUUUUUGACUUCAAAGCCUUCUUAAUAAAGACUUUUUACUAUAUAUGAA